UCUAUUUAGAUGGUGCCAUUAGUUUGUAAUGGCCAGCAUGUUGAUCACCAUAAAUACCCACAAGAUCGUUCAUCAGCCUUCAGACAUAGAGAUCGAGAUCAGGCCUCAUGGUGAUUAAAAUGGAUGACAGGGAAGAAAAAACACAAAAGCCUAUCUUGGUGAUGCUGGCUACCAACAUCUUAACAGGGGCCAUGAUUGUGCUCAACAAGAAGGUUUUAGAAGAUGGCUUGGACGUGCUUGUGCUCAUGACCUACCGCCUUCUUGUAGCCGCCCUCUUCAUGGCUCCAAUUGCUUGCUUUGCUGAAAGAAACAGCAGGCCUAAACUUUCCUUUGGGAUUUUAGCAUGUCUUUUUCUCAGUGCGAUUCUGGGAAUCUCGCUCACACAGUCUCUCUUCUAUAUGGGACUCAAGUUCACUUCUGCAACUUAUGCUGCUGCUUUCUUCAACAUGACCCCUGUUGUAACCUUUCUUCUAUCUGUCGUCUUCCGGCAGGAGACCAUGGAUUUCAAAAGCUGCUCUGGUCUGGCAAAGGGAGCAGGGACUGUUGUGACCAUUGGUGGUGGGUUGAUACUUACUCUCUACAGAGGAAUGGUGCUAAUUGCGCCAUCAAAGGUAGCUGUGCUGAGCCACCAGACUCCACCGCUGGCUGCCAUGCAUGAGAGCAAGAGAUGGACCAUGGGCACUGUUGCUUUGCUACUAGGGGUCUCCUCUUGGGCGCUGUGGUUCCCUCUUCAAUCAAGGAUUGGGAGGAGAUACCGGGCUCUGUAUACUGGUACUGCCAUUGUUUUCUUGUUCAGCUUUCUCCAGACUGCGCUCAUCAGUUUAUUAAUACAGAAGAGCUUCUCUCAAUGGAUAGUGAAGUCAAAGUUUCAGAUCUUAUCUAUACUCUAUGGGGGCAUUGUUGGCUCCGGCAUGUGCAUCUUGGGGAGCUCAUGGUGCGCCCACAAAAAGGGCCCAGUUUUUGCCAUAGCAUUUUUCCCACUCACACAAGUUGUCGUGGCCGCCAUUGAUGUCUCCUUGCUCCAUGAACAACUACACCUUGGCAGCCUUCUGGGGUCUAUUGUCAUAAUAUCUGGCCUUUAUAUUCUUCUAUGGGGAAAAAGCAAAGAGACUCUGGAUUCUGACUCUGCAAUCAAGUCCAGCGAAACAAGAAGUAAUCCUGAAGCUGGAUCAGUGGGUCCAUAACCAUGCUGUUUUCUGCUCUUGCGGCCUUAAUUGUUUGUAGCGUAAUUGCAUUGUCUUUUCAGCAGUAUGAACAAUUUCUCAUUAUGUUGGAAAAAUUAGAUAUGAAAGGUAGACGAUGUACUCUUUCGAAUAAUGUUUAGCAAUGUUGUAUAUUUUUUUUUGGU